AUGAUGAUUUUAAACGAUUUCUGUCUUAGUGAAUAUUUGUGUUGGAGCAUUGAUUUGGCCGUAAACAUGGAAGCGCUGAGUAGGCUAGUUGAAGGGUACCACGACCUGAUGGAUAACAAAAGUGAUCAGAGGGUGAAAGACUGGUUUCUCAUGUCGUCGCCCUUCCCAACGCUGGCGAUAUGUCUCACAUACGUGUUUACUGUCAAAGUUCUCGGACCAAAAUUUAUGGAAAACAGAAAACCGUUUGAGCUAAAGACUGUGCUUAUAUAUUACAAUUUAUUCCAAGUUAUAUUCAGCUGCUGGCUGUUCUAUGAGAGCAUAGUAAGCGGCUGGUUCACAACGUACAGCUUUAGAUGUCAACCAGUCGACUAUUCAAAUUCACCGGCGGCGAUACGGACAGUUCACGGGUGCUGGUGGUACUAUUUCUCGAAAUUCACAGAAUUUUUCGAUACGAUCUUCUUCGUGAUGCGUAAGAAGUUUGACCAUGUGUCGAAAUUACACGUCAUCCAUCAUGGCAUCAUGCCUAUGUCAGUGUGGUUCGGAGUCAAGUUCACGCCAGGCGGCCAUUCUACUUUCUUCGGUAUGUUGAACACAUUUGUGCACAUCGUUAUGUACUCGUACUAUCUGCUUGCUGCGUUAGGACCGAAGGUUCAGAAGUACCUCUGGUGGAAAAAGUACCUCACAGCACUUCAGAUGGUUCAGUUCGUAUUAGUCUUCCUCCACGCGUUCCAACUGCUGUUCAUUGACUGCGACUACCCUCGUGCCUUCGUCUGGUGGAUCGGCAUGCACGCCGUUCUCUUCUAUUACCUUUUCUCAGACUUUUACAAACAGGCCUACCUCAAGAAAGUCAAAAAAAACAAAGCCAAGGUGAAGGCGGAGACAGAGAAGAUGAAGAUGGAAACAAAAGAAAGUAUGCUACCGCUUCUCAACGGCUUUUCAAAUGGGUCGGCAUUAGGCGAUGUUCGGCAAAGAAUGGCCGGUGCCGUCGCUUCGCAGUGA